AUCGAAGAAAUGAAAAAUCAUUUUAAAAACUAUUAUGAAAUGGACAAUCAUCUAAUAACUGAAUUGGAGCAAGAGUCACCGAUGCAGAAAUUUUACAAAGACAAAGGCGUUUUUCUAACCGGUGGCACGGGCUUUUUUGGCAAAAUUAUUAUAGAAAAACUGUUACGCGUUACUGACGUUGCGAAUAUAUAUUUACUUAUUCGUACUAAAAAGGGUAAAGACGCAUUUGCACGCAUUGAUGAUUUGUUCAAUGACCCUGUGUUUGAGAAACUUAAGAAAUGUAAUCCAAAUUAUCGUGAGAAAGUAACUAUUAUCAGUGGCGACUGUUCUCUGCCUUCACUAGGAAUUGAUGAAAAUGAACGUGAUAUAAUAAAAGAUAAUGUCAAUAUUGUUAUACACGGUGCUGCAACUGUUCGAUUUGAUGAGAAACUAAAAAUGGCAAUUGCUAUCAACGUCAGUGGAACCAAAGAAAUACUCAAACUGGGUAAAGAAAUCGUGCACUUGAAGGCAUUUGUACAUGUUUCCACGGCCUUUGCUCACUGCAAUCAUAGGUAUAUUCAAGAAAAAUUCUAUAAUAGUUACUUAACCGGUGAGAAUGCUUGCAAAUUGGGCGAAUGUAUUGAUGAGAAUACAUUGAAUAUGUUAACACCAUCUAUAAUUCAAGAUUAUCCAAAUACUUAUACAUUUACGAAGGUUCUAGCUGAGAAUAUUGUACAAGAAUAUGCUGCUAACCUGCCGGUGACUGUGUUCCGACCUGGAAUAGUGAUCACUACAUACAAGGAGCCCGUUGCUGGUUGGAUAGACAAUAUGUAUGGUCCAUGUGGUAUUAUUGUAGGAAUUGGUUCCGGUGUAUUGCGAGUUUUUAGUGGAAAAGUUGACAAUAAAGCUCAUAUUGUACCAGUUGAUUUAUGUGUAAACGCAUUACUGGCGAGUGCUUGGGAUAUUGCCCGAAACUCCUAUGAUACGCCUCCGAUUUAUAAUUACGUACCUGAUGCCGACAAUAUAGUCACAUGGAAAGAAUACAUGCAAUUCGGUUUUAAAUAUGGUUGUGAUAUUCCCCUGAGGAAAUCCAUUUGGUAUCCAAGAUUUACUAUUGUGCCAUCAGUAUGGCAGUACCAUUUGUUAUCAUUUUUAUACCACACAAUUCCGGCUAUGUUAAUGGACUUGUCAAGGAUAGUUGUCGGAAAGAAACCCCAAAUGUUAAAAAUUUAUCGGAAAAUACAUAAAUUCUGUUCUGUGAUGGAAUACUUUAGUGCAAAUGAUUUUAAAUUUGAUAAUCACAAUAUACGCAAGCUGUCAGAAAAAUUGGAUGAAAAGGACAGGCUGCUUUUUGACUUUGAUAUGCGCAAGUUGAAUUGGAUUGAACUGUUUCGAGUUAGUUUGGUUGGCUUACGACACUAUGUGGUAAAGGACGAUCCUGCUAGCAUACCUGAGUCAGUGAAACGCUAUGAACGCCUUAAAGUGUUACACUACUGCACAUUAUUCGUAAUCUACGGCUUGGCCCUUACUGCACUAUAUCAGAUAUGCAAAUUAAUAUUUUUGUAAUUUUUGUACAUAGAACGUACACAUAAAGUAUGUUCUUAAAACAUAAAAUAAAUUUAGAAUAUUUUACCAAAA